AUGUCGUCCUCCAAGAACCCCCCGGCAUCGCCGUCCGUGCUCUCCAUUGCCUUCGACCGCCGUUCGCGCCGUGGCUCGGUUGGCAGCAUGUCCGUGUCGUCCUACGUCGACAAAGAGCAGCUUGCUCAGGCACUCGACAAGAUCCACACAUCUGCCAGCCAAUCCGACGUGCUCACGACGUUCAACGACUUUGGCUCGCCGCCCACCGCCGCACCUGUCGCCGAGGCCAAGGGCUCGGCCGGCGACUUGGUGCAGCAGGGCCUGAGCGGCUUCUACUCGCGAUUGAAGGAGGCUGUUGUUGGUGGCAAGGCAGCUUCGCCAGCGACUUCGGAUCCGGCGGGCGACGUCAGUGCCGACAGCCUGGAGGCAGAAUCAUCUGCAAAAGCUGGCACUGCGUCGCACUCGCACUCGCACACGCCAGCACACACACGUUCAAAGUCGUCCGUCUCGAGCCUCCCUCGUGGCGAGCACAGUGGCGGCGGUGUUUCCCACUCUGCCUCCAACGUGAACUCCGCUUUCAGUUCCAACCUCUCGUCCGACCUCCCAACGACGGUCACCUCUUCAUCGGGCGGCAUCACCUCCGAUGGCCAGUCGCAGCCGCCCGUUUAUUCCAAGGCCUCGUCCUUGACGACCAUGUCCACGCAAAAGUCUUCUCAAAAACCUCCUUCCACCACCCAGGGUCUUCCCAACUUCGGCCGAGCAGAAGCGUCUGCUGCCGUUGUCGAUACGUCUGGCGGCACCGGCGUCUUUGACAUGACGCGAGACAACGGCAAACCGACCAGCGCGUAUGCAGAUGCGGUUUCCACCGGUGCGGCCGGGCUUGGCUCACACAUGCAUACGUCAGAAGUCGUCCCAACGUCAGCUGCCGGUCCUUCUACCAGCUCACGGCAGGCCCGCGAUGACGUCAAGAUUCCCGCCGUCAUCGACCGCCUGAGUACGUCCGGCGUCCUGGGCGGAAAGCGCUCGCCCUCGGUCGCGACAGACGCCGGCACGGCCGAGACCAAUUCCAUCAGCACCUCCGCGCACAACUCGGUCUACCAUGAGUCCUUUGCCCACGACGAGCGGCCCCAGCAGCUGCAGUCCGGCCAGAUGCGCAUACCCGGCACGACGACGAACGAGGGCGCGCCGGAGAUGGUCAACGCCCGCUUAGAAAACAUGCGCAAGCAGAUCCAGAGCAAGGAGUUCUGGAUGGCCGACGAGACGUGCAAGGAGUGCUUUCGCUGCGGCGACCCAUUCUCGGCCUUCCGCCGCAAGCACCACUGCCGGACCUGCGGCUGGAUCUUCGACGGCAAGUGCACAUCGACCAUAUCGGGGCAGAAGUUUGGCGUGCCCGGCAAUUUGCGCGUGUGUAAAAAUUGCCUGGACAUUAUCAACCGUCGCUAUGAUAGCGGCUCCGACGACUCCGACGACCCGCGUCUGACGACCCUCCUCCGGACGAAUACUGCAUCGUCGAGGCCACCGCCCUCGGCGUCGCGGGUAAAAGGCGAUGGCGACAACAGCAUCCUCGAGCGCAUUGACGACGCCGAGGACGACUCGAGGUCGAUGACGGCACCUAUGAUGGCCAUCCCUGCGACACGGCGCAAAGGUGACCCGUCCAACCGGAACUCGGCGAUUCUGGAGAUCGAUGCGCCGCAGCUGAGCCGCCCUGGCUCGUCGCGGUCACUCAUAUCCCUCAACACGGGCCGGCCACCCUCCUCUGGCCACAUUCGCCAUCACUCGAAAGCCAACUUCCACUGGACGCACAAGACGCCCGCCGAAGACCGCGUUCCGUUUCGCAAGGACGUCGCCGAUGAGAUGGGCCGCAAAUCCAAACUGCCCGCCUUCCACGACGACAACAUCAUCGACCCAGAGCUGGCGCCGUACAUGUCGGACGAGUCCAGUGGCGAUGAGCAGAUGAGCAUCUUUGCAACUAUGGCCGGAAACGAAACCACGUCGUCCAGCUUGGACCCAGACAAGCCCAACUUCGGCCCCUUUAUGAGCGCCGGCCGGAAGCAUCGCGCCCGCGGCGAAAAGAGCAUCAGCGGCCUCAGCUUCACCAGCCGUGGCCAGGAAAAGGACGACGGCGUACUGGCCAUGUCGAACCACUCCCGCGUGCAGGGCCGUCACCGCAACAUGAGCACCGCCAGUGCCACGGCCGGCCAGCACAAUAUGCGAUCACCACGGUCCAAACCCGGCACGAUGUUUAAGGGUCCGUCACUCUCAAGCGAGGGGCUGGGCCUGUUUGACAACCCCAGCAGCUUUGACAGCGGCCCGCCUGCGCGGCCACAGGGCGCGGGACCGCAGACCAAGCCGACAAAGUUGAGCGCCCCAAGUCUCAAGCACGUAAAACGCAUGUUUCGGCAGUUGCUGGAGGACGCCUCCAUUCCAAACCCAGCCGCCUGGGAAAAGACGCUUAUCCCGCUUCUGCGGCGCUGUGCGGACGAUGUUGACCCCAAUACGCGCGAGGGCGACCGUAUGGAUAUCCGCCACUAUGUGAAGCUCAAGAAAAUCCCCGGCGGCAAGCCCAGCGACAGCAGCUAUGUGUCGGGCGUUAUCUUCACCAAAAACCUUGCACUUAAGAGCAUGCCGAGGCGCAUUGCUCACCCGCGCAUCCUCAUUGUUUCGUUCCCCAUCGAGUACCAGCGCCAGCAGCAGCACCAGUUUAUGAGCCUUGAACCCGUCAUGUCGCAGGAAAAGGAGUUUCUCAAGAUGGUCGUUGCCCGCAUCCGCAAGCACCAGCCCGAAGUCGUCUUGGCCCAGCGUAAUGUCGCCGGGUUGGCACUGCAGUCACUCGCCGAGGCUGGCAUCGCCGUGGCAUACAACGUCAAGGCGUCUGUCAUUGGCGCCGUGUCACGCUGUGUCGGCACGCCCAUCAUCUCCUCCAUGGACAUGCUGUCGCUGCCGAUUGUUGUCGGGCGCUGCGCCGAGUUCGAAGUCAAGACGUUUGUCAACAAUGACAUCCCUGGCCGCAAAAAGACGUAUAUCUUCUUUUCCGGCUGUGAGAAAUUCCUGGGCUGCACGAUUGCUCUCCGUGGCGCAUCCACGGCGCAGCUGUCUCGGAUGAAGCAGAUCACCGAGUUCAUGGUAUACGUUGUGUACAGCCUGAAACUCGAGUCGUGUCUCCUCAGCGACGCUGUUGUGCAGAUGCCUCUUCAGCCUGACGCUACGGCUUCCGCUAAACCGGCCACCGCAGGACAAUCGACAAAUGACACCCAAGCGGCCUCAGCGAGCACCGGAGGCGAGAGUCAGGCCGACCGCAGCCCUGCUGCCUCGACGAUGCUCUUGACAGACGGCGAGAGCCUGCACACGUCACAACCCGACGCGGGCAGUCUUUCGAUACCGAGUCAAUCGGAUAACGCAGCAGCACCCGCACUGACCGCAGGACCGACCGCAGGACCGCCCGCCGAGACGGCUACCGAUGCAGCUCCCGAACCUGCAGCCGAGGACAAGGAAACGCAGUCUGAGGCGGCCCCGCUCGAAACGUCCACGCCCUCCAUACUCUCCCUCCAAGACGCACAGGUGCUGCAUUUGCGCACGGCGCACGAAAACGUGCCGGCGCCGACAUUUUACAGCGACAUGGUAGAGAAGUACAAAACCAAGAUCCUCUCUGCGUCGCCAUUCGUCAAGUUCACCCAGCCAUACCUUCUUGUCAAGGCACGUGAGCAAGAGACGCGCCUCCUGUACCUCAAGAAACUGCGUGAUCAGGACAUUGUUGAGGAGGAGCAGGACGACGAUCAGGCGACGGCCGACGAAAAGGGCCCGCAGAGGCAGUUCCAGUUGAUCAACCCCGAGAUGGUGCACGAGAUUGGGCGCAAGGCGCCCCGGCAGAUCAUGGAGGUCCUGCAUGCCGUCCAUGACGCCGAAUACGACAAGGCAUUCUACGCUUACCAAACAAUGACGCGCCAGUGGGAGAACUACAUCCAGGGCAACCUCGACCUCUUCGACCCGUACGCACACCAAAACAUUGUCGUUCUCUACUCCCUUACAUGCACAGAGACCAAGAUCCCUUGCCUGGAGCCUGGCCUCAUCGGGAUCGCCUUCUACGAAGAACUUCCGGACCCGAACGGGCCUAUGGACGCCGAUUGCACGCUCGGCCAGUAUGUGCAAGACUUGUGUGACGGCGCUGAGGAGCUCUGCCACGCCAACGGCUGCGACCGGCACAUGUGGCAGCACCACCGCACCUAUGUCCAUGGCGAGGCCCGCGUCACAUUUUUUGUUGAAACCGAGGCGAAACUACCGUCACCACCCGAGCUACCUGAAGGGCACGACCCCAUCAGCGAGGACGAUGAGGAUACCAUAUACAUGUGGAGCUACUGCAAGAUCUGCAAACGCGACCUCACGGUAAAGCCGCUGUCGCCUAGCGCCUGGAAGUACUCGUUUGGCAAAUACUUGGAGCUGCUCUUCUGGAGCAGGGGCCUGCGCCUGGUGGACGACACGGGCUGCUCGCACGACUGCCAAAAGGACCACAUCCGUUACUUCCACUACCGCGGCUCGUCGGUGCGCAUCCACUACGACCCCAUUGACCUGCUGGAACUGGUCGUCCCACGCGCCCGUAUCACGUGGAAGGUCGACCACGACCUCAAGCUGAAGAAUGAAAUCUUUACCAAGACGCAGGAACGCUGGCUACGGUUCAUCAUGUCCGUCAAGACGCGCAUCAAGAGCAUCCGCAUCGAUAGCGUGCUGCCCGAAAAGGAAAAAGACUGCCGCGCGGAGGUAGAGCGGCUGGCCAAAAAGGCGCACGAGGAGCACAUCAAGGUGCUCCGGGGCCUGGAGCGGGCAUACAUGCAAUCCAAGCACUACGAGGUCAUUCCUCUCAAUGCGACGAUCCGCACCAUGGCCGAAAAGAUUGCCGAAUGGGAUGCGGCGUUUGCUAAAUUUGAGGCGGACUACCUCUCCGACAAGGAUGUGCGGCAAUUGACUGUGAUCCAGCUUAGGAAGAUGUUUACGGACACCGAGGCGAAGGAAUCGACCGACGGCGGCAGCGCGAGUGCCAGUGCUAGUGUCACGGGCAGCGAGGCCAAGACGCCCUCGACGGCUGCGGCCACGACGCAAAACUCCUUUACUGAGUCGGACGAGAAAUCGAGCCCCCCGACAUCCCAGCCGACGGACAGCGAGCCCCCUGCGAUUGGCACUCUGGAUGCCGCAACAACCACGGGCGGAGCUACUGAAUGCACCGAUUCCAGCACCAAGACUUCCGAAGGACAGCCAAAGGGCGAACCAGUUGUUCCUUCGGACCAGGUCGUGUCUCUUGAUUUGGCGACACCCAUCUCCCCGAGUACGACAAAGGCAGGCCUGGCUGGACCGCCUGCUCCAGUUUCGGCAGGAAACGCAGCUUCGACUGUGGCACCAACCCCAGAGAGCAAGGCUGAGACCACGACGAUCGCCGCUGCCGAUUCGGUGUCGAGCUUGCCAGUUCCUUCGGCGACUAGCGGGUCGGCCAGUCCAUCCAAGCCCACCCGGUCGGCAGCGCCGCCGCCGCUCAUGUCGCAGCAGUCGCUCACGGAAAAGGUGGAGCAGCUACGCCGCGAGUUUCAAGCACAAUCCGCAGAAAUCAACGAGGCUGCGCAAACCUUUGCCAACAAUGGCGGCAGCAACAGUAGUAGCAACAGCGGCAGCAACAAUGCCACCCAGGAUGGUCCACAAUACCCGCCACAACUGCAAUCCCCGACCAAGUCGCAAGGUCGGCUAGUGCCCGAGCCGCGUGGUGCUGGGCAGUCCCGUAAAGCUGGCCCGCUCGUGUCGCCGCCUAUGAUGCGGGCCAGUACACAGCCGGUGGGUGUUGUGCCCCGGGCCAAGCACAGCAGCAACAAAGCGAUUGCCGGGGUCGACGGAGCAGGGAGCGGCACAGAUACCAGUGUCGCACCGGCCAAGGUCGAAAAGAAGUUCUCGGACCGCAUCGGCCUCACGGCGCUGAAGAAUCGCAAGACGGGGUCGUCGGCGAUCCCGCGGUUCGUGCAGAAGCGCGAUGCCAAGAAGGUGACAAGCCUGACGCAGCAUUUUGAGCAGCUGAGUCGCGAGUUUGAGAAGGAGCGCAACCGCGAGCGGAGGCAGCAAGCAGCCAACAUGCAACACCCGCGGGCGUACGUGCCCAAGUCGUCGGCGCGUGCCACGGUCGAGGUGUACGAUAGCGUGGACCAGGCGGUGCAAGAACCCGGCCCUACAGACGACGAGCACCUGUUUGCGUCGCAACACAGCGAGGCGCGGUCGGCCGAUUCGAACCCCACGACAGCAGCAACAGCAGCGACGGAUGCACAGGCUACAGCUGCUUCGCCUUCCCCAGCAGGACCCGCAACUGAUAAGGGGGGCACAGCAACCAAACAACCACAGCCGCAUACUGAUGAUGCUGCCGUCGGGGCAGAUUCCAAGGGCAAGGACAGCAAUGGCGCCGACCAAGAAGCGUCUCCGACGACCGACGAGAGUGCACCGCCUUCACAGCAGCCAUCCGAUGAAACGGCCGAUGGAGCCACCGAAGGCGAGACGGACGACCGAGAGCACAAAGACAAGAGUGCAGCCGGCUCGGAUGACGAAGAGGGCGGCAGCUACGCGGACCAGUCGCUGGAAGACAUCCUGCCCGACGUUGAGACGAUUGCCGAACACCUGGAGCCGAGCGGGACGGUGCCCGCCGAGCUACAACAGGACAAGAAGUCGAACCUGAUGAAGAUGCUGAGCAACUUUUGGGCGGAGCGGUCGGCGAGUGGGUGGCCGGAACUCGAGUACCCGCUGCGACCGACGGACCACAUCUUUAUCGACUCGGACGUCAUUGUGCGCGAGGACGAGCCGAGCUCGCUGAUUGCGUUUGCGCUGAGCUCGGAGGACUACAUUGCGAAGCUCGAGGACAUCCGGCGCCAGGGACGGCGCGCGGCACGGAAAGAGCGCCGCAAGGGCAGCGGGGCUGUUCGUCACGGCGAUGGCCAAGGCGACGACGAAGAAGGGGACGACGCAGAGGACGAAGGUGAAAGUGACUCCGACGAGAACGACGACUCCGACGACGAGAGAGAAGGAGGCAGCGCCGGCGGCAGCGAUGCUGGAGACGCGAAGCACGACGGCGACAAUCCGCACGAAUGCGACAGCAGCGACGACAACGAGGGGGGCGGCCUCAUGAUGAAGGCCGCCAAGGGCAGAGCGGUGGCCGGCGAGGCGACUGUGCCAGCAGAAGAAGCAGCAGCCACCACGGCCAAGGACUUGGCCGCCAACGCGGCGCACAUCGAAGCAACCGUCGCAGUGGAUGCCGGCAAGAGCCAGAGCGAGCAGCAGCAGCUCCUAGCCGCGCCCGUCGACGCGUCCGAGACGCCGACACCGACACCCGUCCCGCAGGGCGAAGAACCCUUUGCGAACCCGGUGGCGCACGCGCUCGCGGCACCGCCCAUGACCAUCGACGAAGAGGAGCUGGAGCGCAGUCUGCUGCGGCCGACGGGGACGCACCUCAAGUACCAAUUCACGGAGGGCUCGGCGCGGAUGAUGUGCAAGAUCUUUUACGCGGAGCAGUUCGACGCGCUGCGGCGCAAAUGCGGGGUGGCGGACCGGAUCAUCGAGUCGCUGUCGCGGUGCCUCAAGUGGGACUCCAAGGGCGGCAAGACGAAGUCGGUGUUCCUCAAGACGCUGGACGACCGGCUGGUGAUGAAGUCGCUGUCGCCGGUGGAGACGGCGGCGUUUCUGCGGUUCGCGCCGUCGUACUUCCGGAUCAUGGCGGAGGCGCUGUUCCACGACCUGCCGUCGGUGAUUGCCAAGAUGCUGGGGUUCUUCCAGGUGAUUGUCAAGAACGCAGCGACGGGCACGGAGAUCAAGCUGGACCUGCUGAUCAUGGAGAACCUCUUUUACGACCGGCAGGAGACGCGCAAGUUCGACCUCAAGGGGUCGAUGCGCAACCGCAAGAUCCAGUCGACGGGCGAGCAGAACGAGGUGCUGCUGGACGAGAACAUGGUCGAGUACAUCUACGAGUCGCCGCUGUUUGCGCGCGAGCACGCCAAGAAGCUGCUGUGGGCGUCGGUGUGGAACGACACGCUGUUCCUGGCGCGGCAGAACGUGAUGGACUACUCGCUGAUGGUGGCGGUGGACGAGUCGCGCAAGGAGCUGGUGGUGGGCAUCAUCGACUGCAUCCGCACGUACACGUGGGACAAGAAGCUGGAGAGCUGGAUCAAGGACCGCGGCUUUGCGGGCGGCGGGCGCAACCGGCCGACGGUGACGAGUCCCAAGGAGUACAAGUCGCGGUUCCGCGAGGCCAUGGACCGCUACAUUCUGCAAGCGCCCAACUGCUGGCACCUGUUUGGCAACAUGGGCUACUCGCAUCCGUCCCAGGGGCAGCGCGCUCGCUUUGAAGAUGAGUAG